ACGUGGCUCCUCCUCGCGGCCGGAGGCGGGCGGUGCCGCGGCGCCAGGACCCUACUCAUCCGACUCUUGCGUGAGGUGGUGAGCGCAGCGCUGAGGAUGGAGAGGUGCGGCCGCGACUCCAGGCCGCCGCCGACGCUGCUGCUGCUGCUGCUGCUGCCGCUCGCGGUGCCAGGCGCUGUCGCGGCUCCGCGCUCGGCGCUGUACUCGCCCUCCGACCCGCUGACGCUGCUGCAGGCGGACACGGUGCGCGGCGCGGUGCUGGGCUCCCGCAGCGCCUGGGCCGUGGAGUUCUUCGCCUCCUGGUGCGGCCACUGCAUCGCCUUCGCCCCGACGUGGAAGGCGCUGGCCGAAGACGUCAAAGCCUGGAGGCCGGCCCUGAAUCUCGCUGCCCUGGACUGUGCGGAGGAGACCAAUAGUGCAGUCUGCAGAGACUUCAACAUCCCUGGCUUCCCAACUGUGAGGUUCUUCAAGGCCUUCUCCAAGAACAGCUCAGGAGCAGUAUUUCCAGUGGCCGGUGCUGACGUGCGGACGCUGCGGGAGAGGCUCAUUGACGCCCUGGAGUCCCAUCAUGACACAUGGCCGCCAGCCUGUCCCCCACUGCAGCCUGCCAAGCUGAAGGAGAUUGAUGGAUUCUUUGCGAGAAACAACGAAGAGUACCUGGCCCUGAUCUUUGAAAAGGGAGGCUCCUACCUGGGUAGAGAGGUGGCUCUGGACCUGUCCCAGCACAAAGGCGUGGCGGUGCGCAGGGUGCUGAACACAGAGGCCGAGGUGGUGAGAAAGUUUGGUGUCACCAACUUCCCCUCUUGCUAUCUGCUGUUCCUGAACGGCUCUGUCUCCAGAGUGCCCGUGCUCAUGGAAUCCAGGUCCUUCUAUACCGCUUACCUGCAGAGGCUCUCUGGGCUCACCAGGGAGGCUCCCCAGACCACUGUCGCACCAACCACUGUGAACAAGAUAGCCCCCACCGUUUGGAAAUUCGCAGAUCGCUCCAAGAUCUACAUGGCUGACCUGGAGUCUGCACUGCACUACAUCCUGCGGAUAGAAGUGGGCAGGUUCUCAGUCCUGGAAGGGCAGCGCCUGGUGGCCCUGAAAAAGUUUGUGGCAGUGCUGGCCAAGUACUUCCCGGGCCAGCCCUUAGUCCAGAAUUUCCUGCACUCUGUGAAUGAAUGGCUCAAGAGGCAGAAGAGAAGGAAAAUUCCUUACAGUUUCUUUAAAACUGCCCUGGACGACAGGAAAGAGGGUGCUGUUCUUGCCAAGAAGGUGAACUGGAUUGGCUGCCAGGGGAGUGAGCCACAUUUCCGGGGCUUUCCCUGCUCCCUCUGGGUCCUCUUCCACUUCCUGACAGUGCAGGCAGCUCGGCAACCUGUAGACCACUCACAGGAAGCAGCCAAGGCCCAGGAGGUCCUCCAAGCCAUCCGAGGCUACGUGCGGUUCUUCUUUGGCUGCCGAGACUGCGCCGGCCACUUUGAGCAGAUGGCUGCUGCCUCCAUGGACCAGGUCGGGAGUCCUGACGCCGCUGUCCUCUGGCUCUGGUCUAGCCACAACAAGGUCAACGCUCGCCUCGCAGGUGCCCCCAGCGAGGACCCACAGUUCCCCAAGGUGCAGUGGCCGCCGCGUGAACUGUGCUCUGCCUGCCACAAUGAACGCCUGGAUGUGCCCGUGUGGGACGUGGAAGCCACCCUCACCUUCCUCAAGGCCCACUUCUCCCCAAGCAACAUUGUCCUGGGCCUCCCUGCAGUGGGCUCAGCCCCCCGGUGGGACGUACAGCGUGUGGCAGCCGCCCCAAAGCUGGCGAUGGAAGGCCUGGCGCUGGAAAGCCGAAAUUCAACCCUGGACCCUGAGAAGCCUGAGAUGAUGACUCAACCCCCUGCAAAUACCACCCCAGAUGUGCCAGCUGAGAGACCCGAGGCAAGUCACCCCCCAAAGCUGCACCCUGGCCUUGGAGCUGCACCAGGCCAGGAGCCUCCUGAGCACAUGGCAGAGCUUCAGAGGAAUGAGUGGGAGCAGCCACGUGGGCAGUGGCACUUGAACAAGCGAGACAAGGGGGCUGUGUUACUGGCCGAGUCCUGGGCUGAGAAGAACCGCCCCUGGGGCCCUUUGGAGGUCAGGCACGUGGGCCGCAGCUCCAGGCAGCUGGUCGACAUCCCUGAGGGCCAGCUGGAGGCUCGAGCCAGGCAGGGCCGAGGCCAGUGGCUGCAGGUGCUGGGAGGGGGCUUCUCGCACCUGGACUUCAGCCUCUGUGUGGGGCUCUAUUCCCUGUCCUUCAUGGGCCUGCUGGCCAUGUACACCUACUUCCGGGCCAAGAUAAGGGCUCUGAAGGGCCAUGCUGGCCACCCUGUAGCCUGAACCACCUGGGGAGGCAGCAGGGGAGGGAGCCGGCAUCGGGAGCUCCUCCAGCCCCCGACCCCGUUCCCUCCCCUCCCACCCCUUGCUCCUUGACUGGCUUAGAAGUGUGGGAUAUUCAGGAAAACCAGUUGCUCCAGUGAAGCUUCUUAGGGCUGCUAGGACGGAGAGCUCCUUUGGCACAAAAGACAGGAGCAGGGUCCAGGUUCCCCUGCUGUGCGGAGAGGGCAGUCCCCGACAGCGACAGCGGGCGUGGGCGGUGCAGUCCCUGGUCCCUCAGCUCCACAUUCCUGUUUUUCAGCUUAUCUGAAGUCCUGCUUCUCACUGGAGCCUCAAUCUCUCCUGCUUGGUCUUGGCCCUAAGUUGGGGCAAAUGAAGCUAGAGGAGGGUCCCCUGAGCUGGGUGGGCUGGAAUGGAACCCCUCAUUGCCUGCUGGGGAUCCGCCCACCCCGCUCCCUUCCGGACAAUGAAGAAGCCUUGGCACCCUGGGAGGAAGGACCACCCCGGGCCAGCCUCCAGCUCCUCAGACCUCAUGGGUGGGUUCUGGUUUCAGGGUGGGGUGUAGAAGCUUCUGGAAGUCGUGCUGGUCUCCCAGGUGAGGCAGGCCGUGGUUGCUGGGCGGUAGGGUGUGAGUGGCUUGCUUGGCGGGGCCCGCUCAGGUGGUGGCUUAGGAAGGAGGUGGGUCUCUAGUGCCUUGGCCCUGGCUUCGCUGCAGGAGGUGGCUGCUUUCGCUUCUCCCCAUUGAGCUCUGCCCCCUCUGAGUCUGGUCUCUUGUCCUUUCUUGUUUUGGUCUCCGAGAUAAAUGCUCAUCUUUGGAGGGUACUGGGUAGAAGUUGGGGAGCAGAGUGUCUUCUCUCUCCAGGUUUCGCCUUCCAGCGUGCAGAGGUUAGGUCUGGGGGAGGCAGUGCCGCACAUGUGCUUGAUUGCACACUACUCCCUGCUUGGGAGGCGUGUGGAAUAAACUAUUUUUGUUAAGGCA